CGUGAUCUCGUGUUUUACGUUGUGAUAAUAGCGUGGCGUGUGUCUGAGUAGUUUUUUUCUGAUCUAUGUUUUGCAGUGUAUGCGAUACUGGGGCGUGCAGAAUCAACGAGAGGAAAAUUUCGAGAUUGACAUAGAAUAAUGCAACAUUCAAAGGAUGAAGGGGGUGAUCGGAAGAAGCAGUUGGGGCAGCAGUUGCUGCAAAUGAUGAUGGAAAAUGUAAACCAAAAUCAUCUCCCAUCUGAUACUCAAGUGAAGCAAAUGAUGCAAAUAAUGCAACAGGAGUUCGCUUCGCAGAUAGAGAAACAACAGAAUCAGCAGUCAGAUUCGUUUCAGCAGUCUGACUCUGCAGCAUAUCCCAACAGGUCACCACCCUCCCAUUCCUAUACACCAACAAAUACUACAGACUAUAACCAUGAACGGACUGUUUACCAACAGUCUUCUCAGGGCAUGCAAAUUCCUACACUUGGUGCUUCACAAGCACAGAGAUCACCACUGUUGCAGAAUCCUGUACCACAGAAUAAACCAUCCGUUCAAACUGGGCAGAAUCAACAAUCAUUGCCAACUGGGCAAAAUCAGUCAUAUUUGGCUACUGUGCAGGAUCAACAACAAUUAGCUACUGGGCAGAAUCAGUCAUAUUUGGAAACUGGAUCAAAUCAACAAUCAUUGCCAUCAGGGCAGACUCAGUCAUAUUCAACAACAGGGCAGACUCUACAGUCAAUGGCAUCAGGGCAGAAUGAGUCGUAUUCUACAACAGGGCAGACGCUACAGUCAAUGGCAUCAGGGCAGAAUCAGUCAUAUUCAACAACAGGGCCGACUUUACAGUCAAUGGCAUCAGGGCAGAAUCAGUCAUAUUCAACAACAGGGCCGACUUUACAGUCAAUGGCAUCAGGGCAGAAACGGCCACUUUUGCCAAAUGUGCAGACUCAGCCACUUUUGCCAAAUCCUGAACAGUCUGAUAAAGCAGGAAUUCAAAAUCUGUUAACUUCCUUAGAAGAAAAGUUGAGAUCUGGAACCACAACCCCCCAAGCAGCUGCUCAGAUUAGAGCUUUGCAUGGAAAAAUAUCUCGACUGGUUGCACUACAGACUAGUGCACAGAGUUAUAGUGGUGGUGGUGGUGGUGGUGGUGGGCAGACCAUAGGUGCAUCACUACUAGAGGCUUCUAUGCCAUCUUUCUCCAGUAUGGCAAACCGUCAAAGCUUGCUGCAAUCUGGUUUUAACACACAAGUGUCUAGAUUCAGAGAGCCAAUGCAAUCACCAAUUGGUAUCAUUGAUAAGCUCCAUGAUUAUGGUUACUCUUUGAAUCUACAAUCAACUAGACAGACUGCUGGCAAUCCCUGGUAUGCUGGCAACAGUUCUAGGAUGGCACAAAUGAAUUAUCCAGAAAGCAGAAAAAAACGUUAUUCGCAACUAACUCUACAUGCAAAAAGUCCCUUGCACACCUCAAACAAGCAGCAUGCUCAGAGACGCUUUAAUGCUCCUAGAAAGCAGUCAUUUGGCAAAAAUGCAGCGAAGAUCGUUGAAACGUACAAAGGUAGAAAAAGACAAGUUUCAGAUGGUAAUGCUGGUGAUGGUACCAAAAAGGCUAAAACACAAUCGUAUUGUUCAAUAUGUGAAGUGGAAUGUGGCAGUGAUAAGGUAAAAAUGGGAUGGCACAGUGGACAAGUGGAAUGUGGCAGUGAUAAGGUAAAAAUGGGAUGGCACAGUGGACUGACAAGUGAAUGUGGCAGUGAUAAGGUAAAAAUGGGAUGGUACAGUGGACUGACAAGUGAAAUGUGGCAGUGAUGAGGUAAAAAUGGGAUGGCACAGUGGACAAGUGGAAUGUGGCAGUGAUAAGGUAAAAAUAGGAUGGCACAGUUUACUGACAAGUGAAAUGUGGCAGUGAUAAGGUAAAAAUGAGAUGGUACAGUGGACUGACAAGUGAAAUGUGGCAGUGAUAAGGUAAAAAUGAGAUGGCACAGUGGACUGACAAGUGAAAUGUGGCAGUGAUGAGGUAAAAAUGGGUUGGCACAGUGGACUGAUAAGUGAAAUGUGGCAGUGAUAAGGUAAAAAUGAGAUGGCACAGUGGACUGACAAGUGAAAUGUGGCAGUGA